AGUAUUAAAAAUGUGGUGCAAAAUAUGCGUUCAGAGUGUAUUUAAAUACUUAUAUAUUAUUAAAUAUACUUAAUGAGAUUUAAAUGAUGUCUGAAAGAACGUCACGAGCUUGAAAUGACGCGAACAUUCUAAAAGAACAUUUACAUCAUCAUCAGAACGAGAGUUUCACCGCAUUUCACUCGUGAUCGCUGCUUACGGCACGUUCAAGCUACUUUUGUUGCGACAAAAUCUUCAAUUUAGUUUGUCAAUAUGUGGUUCAAAAACCAAAAAAGUUCUAGUCAGGUCCUGCCACACCCCCCAGAACAUCGAGGAGUGAACUCUGCUACAAAUAUGGAGGUUUCAGCGAAAAACAUCAGCUGUGGUUCCUCUGAGUCUGGCCUAAAUGCCAGUGUUGAGCCUUCCUCCUCUGUUCAGCUUCGUUCUGGGAGUCGAACACUGAGGAUUGACCAGCUUACUCCUCUCUGUCGGCAACUGAUUGCCAGGCGCUCAAUCCUACCUGCUCUGAAGCCAAAAACUGUUCCUGUGAAGUGUGUCAAAAAGCAGAUCUUCACAGAUGGACAUCUGAAAGCUAGAGCAGUGAGCGCUCCUAGACCUCAGAUAAAGGUUUCAGUGAAAGACAUCUGCUACCCGUCUGACCUGACUAGUGUUGACCAUUCUCCUAAUUCUGGGAGUCCAGCAGUGAGGAUGGACACACAUACGCCUCACCGCCAGCAGUCUGUUGCUGUGCUGUCAAACCUGCCUGUUUUGGAGUCCAAGUAUCAUGUGAAGCCUGUCAACCAGCAGAGCUUCACAGAUGGACCUCCAAAACAUCAGGUGAAGGUUUCAGUGAGAAACAUCAGCUACCCUGCAUGUGUGUCUGGCCUGAAUGCCAGUGUUGACCGGCCCUCAUCUGUUCUGCCUCCAUCUGGAAGUAGAGCAGUAAGGAUGGAUGAACGCUUGCCUCUCCACCGGCAGUCAGCUGCUGUGUGCUCAAACCUGCCUCUUCUGGAGCCACACCGAGUUCAUGUGAAGCCUGUCAACAAGCAGAGCUUCACAAACGGACCUCCAGAACGCAGCAUGAGCUCUCCUAAACACAAGACGGAAGUUUCACUGAAAAACAUCAGCUUCCCUCUGUCUGACCUGAACGCCGAUGUUGACCGCUCUUCAUCUCUUCUGGCACAUUCUGGGAGUCCAGCAGUGAGAAUGGUCAAACCUACACCUCUCCGCCAGCAUCAUGUUGCUGCUCCCACACGCUUGUCUGUAUUGAAGCCAAGCUGUGUUUCUGUAAAGCCUUUCGAUGAACUCCCUUCAUGUUCGUCUGAUCUGAAAGUGAAGCCUCAACUUUCCUUACCCAGACUGCCAGGCUUUACAAGUCGACUAGUGAACAAGCGUGAGUCUUGUCCAUUUGAGGAUGAGGAUGUCAGGACGAAGAGGGCUCAGCCAGCAAAAAGUAACACACUUCUGCUGUCAAGAUUUCCCUCUGCAGUCUGUUUUUGA